UAACAAAGGCGUUCUCUUUCACAUCCAUUGACGGAGAAGCAUCAAUUCAGCUGUAUUCAUGUCUCAUGACACCAAAGAAUUAAUCUUCUAUGACACACCUCAUGAUCUAGUCUACUUCUGCGAUCGCCUCACAUCUAAUUCUACCCGACUGUACAGAGCACACUGCAUUAUUACAAAAAUUCUUGGAGGGUGGUCAGCAUAUCUUCUACCACUCAUUUGUGGCCUCGGACUAACGAUGCACACAGCUGUUAUCGCUAUCAUUUUCACAAAUUUGAAAUGCAUGCCACGUCAGUUGAUCUACACAGGAUGUUUGAGCUGUUCGAAUGUCAUCACCAAUAUCCUAUUCGCUUGGUUGUGGUUAUUUCCAGCAAAGGGUUUACCGUUUGCCACGAAAGGGCGGAUAUACUACUUCAUAUCGAAUGCUUCAAGAUUAGCCUGUCGUCUGUUCCGAUUCAACUACUCACUGAGUACAACGUUUACAAGUAAUUUAAUAUUAUGCUCAGCUAUUGACCGUUGUCUGAGUAUAUUUUAUCCAGUAAGUUUUUCACGGUGGAAAAAACGUCACGCCUGGUAUGUUUGCUUAAUUGUCUUUGUCGUCAGUGGCAUUAUGAUGUUACCGUUUCUUAUCAUAAUCGACUGGAUACAAAUUGGCCGCUUUCAUAUUUGCUGGUUGGAUGAGAGUGAAUUUCAUCUUCAAGUAUAUCAUACAAUAUUUGCGAACUUAGGCUUAGUGCAGAGUACUUUGAUUGUUAUUGUCAAUGUGGCGUUUAUAACACGGCUUCGUAUACAAUUCAAGAAGACAGGUGGCGGUGGUUUAGCAUAUAACAAAAAAGAAUUGAAGCACAUUACAAUUUCCAUUAUCCUCUUGGCAUUUUCAAUGUCUUAUGUGUUGACCGCUUUACCACAGACUACAGUUUAUCUAUUGGCAUUCCUAUGGUCACAUUCGAGAGUAGACACGACAGCAGAAAAUGAGGUAAGUGUCAGAAUGAUGUACAAUUUGGCAGAUAUAGGAUGGAAUAUUCAUUUUUUACGAGAAUUAGUCGAUUUGUUCAUGUAUUUCGUUUAUCUGAAGCCAUUGCGUCGUGCAUUAAUACUUAAAAUUAAACAGUAUAUCAAAACAAUCACUCACUAUGAUUCAAACUCGUCUGAGCCAUCAAUGGCAAGGUAGUUAUUAUACCUAUUGAAUAUUUAUUGUUGAUUGUACAUGGCUUUUAGUCACGGUGGUUUAAGCAUCCCCUUAGUGAUUUAUUUUUCAGUUUUUUCGUACUUAAACACACUUCUUUUAUCUUUCUUAUUUAAUAUAUAUUCUGUGGUUCAGUAACGUUAUUUUGACAAUUUGUAUUUACUGCUCUAUUAAGAAUCAUUUUGAACUAUUUUUGUCUCUACUAUUAUUUCAUAUAAGCAGAAAGCAUUUUAAUCACAGUUAAUUAUAUAAGUCAUCUACUACUUUAUUUAGAAAUAUUUAUAUCACUAAAUAAACAUUCUGAAU